AGCAACUCCCCUCCCCCGUAAGCAUCCCCCCCACCCCCAGCAGAGUGGCGGAGCCAGGAGCCGUGGCGCAUCUACACACCUGGAACUCUGGCCCAGUCUUGCAACCAGAACUGAACUUGGAACCGCACUUUGUGCUUUGGCUAUUAGGACUCGGUUCGCUGGAAUUAAGAAAAAAACGCCUCUUCUCAACCCUUUUCUUGGAGAAUUUAAACAAAAAAAGAUGUCUGUUUUUCCCAAGAUAUCUUUGAGACCUGAGGUUGAAAACUACCUUAAAGAGAGCUUUGUGAAUAAGGAGGUUGUAUCUGCUUCAAGAAAACAAGAAGCAGAAAGGAAGUUUGAAACUCUGUUAACUAAUUUGUCCCACCCGCCAUCAUUCACAACUGUCAGAGUGAACACUCAUUUGGCCUCAGUCGAGCGUGUGAAAAGCCUGCUGCAUGUGGAACUUCAGAAGUUCAAUGGAUUAAGUGUUCCCAUUCUUCAACAUCCGGACCUUCCAGAUGUCUUACUUAUUCCUGUGAUUGGACCUAGAAGGAAUAUAAAAAAACAACAGUGUGAAGCCAUUGUUGGAGCCCAGUGUGGCAAUGCAGUGAUAAGAGGUGCCCAUGUCUAUGUUCCAGGAAUUGUGUCAGCUCCAAAAUUUAUGAAAGCUGGAGAUGCUGUUUCUGUAUAUUCUGAUAUCAAAGGGAAAUGUAAGAAAGGAGCCAAAGAAUUUGAUGAAAUAAAAAUAUUUCUUGGAAAUGGGAUUUCUGAAGUAAGCCGCAAAGAAAUCUUCAAUGGGCUACCUGAUCUGAGAGGUAUAGGCAUAAGAAUGACAGAGCCUGUGUACCUCAGCCCUUCCUUUGACAGUGUACUACCCGGGUACGUAUUUCUGCAGAAUUUGCCAUCUGCUGUUGUAGCUCAUGUCCUGAAUCCUCAACCUGGAGAGAAGAUUCUAGAUUUGUGUGCAGCACCGGGGGGCAAAACUACACAUAUUGCAGCACUAAUGCGUGAUCAGGGAGAAGUAAUAGCAUUGGAUAAAAUACCCAGUAAAGUAGAAAAAAUAAAGCAGAAUGCCUCCUUGUUAGGGCUGAAUUCUGUCAGGGCAUUUUGCUUUGAUGGAACGAAGGCACUUAAACUUGAUAUCAUUGAUGACACAGAAGGGGCACCUCCAUUCUUACCAGAGUCUUUUGACCGAAUUCUCCUUGAUGCACCCUGCAGUGGAAUGGGGCAGAGACCAAAUAUGGCUUGUACUUGGACUUUGAAGGAAGUGAUGUCGUAUCAGCCACUACAGCGAAAACUCUUUCAUGUGGCAGUUGAGCUCCUGAGGCCAGCGGGAGUGCUGGUUUACAGCACAUGCACGGUAACUCUGGCCGAAAAUGAAGAACAAGUUGCCUGGGCCCUCACAGCCUUCCCGUGCCUUCAGCUCCAAGCCCAGGAACCACGGAUUGGAGGAGAAGGAAUGGUAGGAGCUGGCCUCUCGCCAGAGCAGCUGAAACAGCUGCAGCGGUUUGACCCAUCUGCUGUGCUGUUACAGGACAUGGACACCGAGUCUCUCAGAGACUCCAGAAGAGAAGACAUGAUUCUGCUGGCAAAUAAGGAUUGUAUAGGUUUCUUUAUUGCAAAAUUUCUAAAAUGUAAAAGCACAGGAGAGAAAGCUUCUCAGAAAUGAAAAUUCCAAAAAUU